AUGCAUUCCCUCACCACAUCAUUCAUCUCCCUAUCCCUGCUAUCAAGCACAGUCUACGCCCAAAGCAUCGCCCGCGUCUGGACACACUUCUACCCAAACUGCCCCGGCGAACCAUUCACCAAACUCGACACAUACGAAAACUACCAAGUAUCCGGCCCAUCCCAAGAUAUCACCAUAGACAGCUGCAAAAACUUCGCCGUCCCCUCCUACGAACACAAUCUCGUCAGCGCUAUCUCCGUCGACGCAGAGCUCCUCUCCCACAACCACGACCUCCCCUUCCUAGAAGGCGGCAGCGGCUGCAAUAUCACCGUCCACGAGGUCCCGGGCUGCAUCGACCCACCCCUAAUCAGCAAAGAGAUUAGAAAUGGCGUUGAAGUCAGCCAGUGCGAGCCCCGCCAGUUCGUCGCUUACAGCCAGGUCUGGGUGAAUCUGGUUUGCGAUAGCGAUAGUCCCCUCCAUGAUGAGAAUAUUCCCGCAAAGGAGAACAAGGAGGCCAAUACCAAGCAGUCCAUGUCUACUGCUCAGCCUGAUGCGCCUGUGCGCGCGGAGAAACAGACUACCAUUGAGGAUAUCCGUAAUAUCCAGACGCCCGGGUCGAGUUCGGAUUCUUCGCGUUCGUCACAGGUUACGCAGAACGAGCGUGAGCCUGUGCAGGAGGGGCGUGUUAAUAAUGCCGGUCAUGCGGAGAGCGACCGGAUUGUUCAUCAGACGAUGGAGUUGUUGAAGAAUAAGACUUCGCAUAUCGUCUCUGGCAAGCACCAUGCCACCCACUCGAAUGUUACGCUGCAUCACAAUAGCACUGCCCCGGGCAAUCGCACUGUGAUGUCUCGUCGCCGUUUGUCUGUUUUGCGAAACCGGACUGCUCGUUUUAUUUAA